AAUAGCCCCUAUUGGCAGACUAUUGACUGUCACUCUGAUUUUCUUGUUGCACUGCGGGAUGAGAACAAUAACCCUGCAACUUCAGCCACUAAUGCAAGAAGCCGUGAAAGCAAGCUCGAUCUAGUUGGCUCAGACCAAUUGGAGAUGCCUGCACGACAACCACGGCAGUUGCGUCCAACGGCAUGUUCAUCUCCUAAGCGGCAUUCUGGGUUGCCGCGCGUGAACGUGGCAAUUGAGGAAAUUGUCAUUGACUCAUCUGACAGCUCUGAAGAUGAUGAAGAGAACUCCAUGCAUCGAGCAUCGCAAGCUGUACGGUUUCGAGUGGUGACUCCCCCAACAUUCGAUGUGGGAGGCUCGUAUAGCCUGCGCAAAUAUCUAGAAAUCUUUGAGAGAUACUUUCAUGCCAAGUUCCACGGUGGAGAGAGGGAAUGUUCUAUGGAGCUUGGUCGAUUCCUCCAGGGAGAAGCCCUGAAUGCUUACCAUGCAUUUGGUGGGUGUGAGAAGCGCUAUUCUGUGCUGAAGGGAAAAUUACUAGAAUGGUAUCGGACCAGAGAAGUUCAUGGAUCUCGCCGAUGGAAAAACAAAAUGAAAACCAUGAAGUUCCAGACUGGAGAGACAUUUAAACUGUUUGCAAUGAGAGUCCAGGAGGUGGCACAGAAGGCCUACCCUGGUGAUGACCGUGAGUGUGUCAAAAAGAUGAUGGAAGUGUAUCACCGUGCUACCCCAACAUGGUUUAAUGCAAAAUUAAAGCAGAAACAAGACAUGAAAGAGAUGAUGGGACUUGGGAGAAGGCUCAAUUGGGGAGACAUUCUCAAGUUGGCUGAGAAGGAGGACAAGGACAUCCGUGAUCGUAAGAUCAAAGAAGAGUAUUGAGGCAAAUGUACCAAUUGGGAUCAAGGCAAUGACUAUUGCAGUCCCACAAGAGAACCAAGAGAUGCUGGGUUUGUUCAAGUUAGUCUUGCAACUCAAUCACCCAAAGUCAACACUGGAAAGAGUUCACCAACCCAAGCAAAAACCUACUAUGGGACCCAAAGGUGGUCUGGGAAAAACUUG